CUUCUUCUUCUUUCUACCCUCAAUAGUUUCACUCAGAAUCUGCGAAGAAGAAUGGAUCCCAGAAUUGAUAAACUGGUGAGAAGGACAACCAUGGUGGCUACUGUUACUGCUUCUUAUUUCCUUCUAACUGCAGAUUAUGGUACUGAACCAAGUGUUCUCGAUCCGAUUAAAAAUGCAAUACUGUCAGCAGAGCAUUCUCUCAAAGAGUCUAUCUUUGGACCAAAGAAGGGUGUUCAAGAACACGAGGCCGAGAAACUGCCCCCUAGCUCUUUGGAGAAACAUCAAAAGUCUGGUGGCUAACUGGUUUUCCUCUUCCAAUCAUGCAGUUUGUUGGACUACAGCUUAAUCCAACAUCUGGAACUCUUUUUUACUUCAUUUUCUGAAUGCUUUUUCUUCUAAAGGUGAAUGUGAAUAUUUAGAAUAGCUCUCAUUUAAGCUUGUUAUUAAUGUUGUAAAUGUUAACUGGUACCAGAGCUUGUUUAA